AUGACAUUCGAGUCGGAAGUGGAGGCGGAUCGCGACAGUUUCUUCCGCGGCACUUGCAAGCAACUCGAAUACGGAAAAACGCCGACCGGUCAGAAGUUUGCCACGGUUAUCACGAGUGGAGCGUGGUACGCGGUUCGGGUCUAUCUGGAGGAGGAUCAUACGGAACUGACCAAUGCAUGGUUCCAGCCGGGAGACCGAUUCCUCUUCAAGACUCAGCACGCCACGUGGGAUGGUGCGCUUGAGAAGAAGAAGGAGUAUCAUCGACAGCUCACCCAUGGAAAGUUCAAGGCUUUUCUGUGCAACUUGCCAGCCGAGAAGCGUUACCGCCGCAAUAUUUUCUCAGCGGUCACUCAUUAUCUGCUCGACGACCAGGAUUUCGAGUCUCGCGACUUUUCAAGCGCCAGGAUCGUCAAGACGACGCCGAGUGACUGUGCGGACCGUCCGGACAAGUACCUCAAGCGUGGCGACAUUGUGCAAACCGACUUUUUGCUGGCCGCCAACCACGAGGGCAUCUACAUCGGAAACGGGAAAGUGAUCCACGUGUCGGGUCACGGUGGUGGCAAGUCGGCGUCGGUGGCUCGUGAGGGCAGACUUCUCGGCGACUUUGUCGGCAAAUCGGGCGAGAGUGUUCGGGUGCUGGUGCUUCGUCUCAAGUUCCGAACGGGCGAGGAGAUUGCGAGACAGGCGGAGGCGUACAGUGAUGGAAAGUUCCGCGAGGGCGAGUACGAUCUGUUCAGUAAGAACUGUCAACACUUUGCUGCUCUUUGCGCACUCGGCGUCGAGAACAGUGGAGAUGUGCAGCGCUUCAAGUCGAACUUCAACCAAAUCGCCAUGGCUGCUGUGCACUUGUUCCGUUGAGGUAUCAUACGCUUUCAAGUCUAUUGUAGCUUUUGUAAUGUAUGUAAAAUUCUCAAACAUUUUUCAGAUCGAUACGCUUUCCAGCUCGCCUAUGCUUGCACACUCAACCGACAAAUUAUACUUGUAG